UGUUAUAUCCCUCAUCGCGGCCCGCGGUCGGAAUCGAACCGACGAUACAUCACAGCACUGACUGGUGGUGGGGUUUGACUGGAGCCAUGGUUCCAGGCUUCAUUCCUAAUUUCAAGUCGCAGGCAGCCACGAGUAUCGCUCAAAUACAAGUCGGCCAUGAGAGCGGUUCUGUAUAGUUUUUGUGGUGUUGCAACACUGAGUCGCUCGCGCCAACAACGACUAGGUAGGUCGUGGUGGCGCCCAAAGUCAGCCACCCCUCCCCAGCCAUGCAACUCGGGCAGGCACACCGACAAGAUGACAGCAGCCGGGUUCUCUGGCAUAUCUCCUGCAGAUCCACGUAGUUAUCGCGUACUGAUAACAGAGCAUGCAUGGAUAACUCCCAUUUCCUUCAGGGUAACAUCGCGUAGCGCGCUCACCGCCACACUUCAAGGUUUCAUCUCCCAUCCCGCUUGGUGCGUCAUUUUCUCUCCUGUUGGCUGUUGGUUGGUCAAAUCACGCUGCAAGAGAACUGGGAAGACACGCAUCGGGCACGCACGAGAAGUUCGACGGAUUGUCAUGUCAGACACUCAGAAAAUAAGUUAACAUGAUCAGGCGAGAAUCUGCCAAGCGCUCGGAAGGUCUGGAACUGAUCAACGAUUUUCGUCCAUUCCGCACAAAUCAAAUCCA